UACGUAACCUUGUUUUCGAAUCAUGACAAUCACCUCGUUGCGUGUAUCUGUCACUUUCAAACGAUACCCACUGACCGUAUCGUAGACUUUGGCGCACAGCUGGCCGCGGUUCUGGUUAAAAUCGUGAAAUAUAAGUGAAGAUAAUCAUCGGUGGUGAUAGGUUCAGUGACGAUACCGCGUCAAUACACCUGAUAUGACCUUGAGAAAACUGGUAUCAACACGUAAUGGAAACCGACGAAGAUGAUCUACCUCUGGUGCAACCUGUUCCUGGGCCGUUGGACAAUUCGGUCGGUGAAUUGGUUAGAAAUGCCCCGUCGAAUCUUCGGAAGAGGAAUAUCGGAUUGGGUCUUUCCGAGGCGAGUAAGAGGACGGAAAAAGGGGAAUCGACGCCGGAAUCCGACGCAAGACUCAAUUCGUUUCCUUCGGACGCGACGAAAAUCUGGGGCGACGGUGAAAUUUCCCCUAGAAUACCUGGAAUUGAGGUUCUUGAAUCACCAGGUAAAUCGAACGGUGUCAAAUCUCCAGCUCCAGCCUUAGAUCCCUCUAACACUUUGCCUUCGGAUCAAUCUGACAAUCUAGAAUCACUCACCGCCAGAGAACGCAUGAAAAUUAACAUCGUUCGAGGAUGCCUAUCGAAGCCAGACCUCACCUUUGGGGAAUUAAGAUUGCUCGGCUGCAGUAGCGAAGGAUUCGUUAAUGAUGAUAUACGAAGGAUGCUAUGGCCUCGGCUCUUAGGACUGAGUAACAGAGAGCCUGAUCCAGUGAAUGGAUUGGACACAGUACACACUAAAAUACCCAAUGAGGUUUACCAACAAAUAUUGAAGGAUGUAGUGAGGAGCACGAGUCACUUUCCACAAGAAUCGACAGAGGAUGAGACCACUGCACUUGAGAAUGAAAUGACACAGAUGAUAUGCUGGGUGCUUCAUAGGCAUAAAAAAUUGAAUUAUUAUCAAGGCUACAAUGACGUAGCAGCAACAGUCCUCAUGGUGAUGGGUCUUCAACGUGGGCUACAAGUUUUAGAACAAAUAUCGCUAAGAUUUCUUCAAAGGUUCAUGGAAGCUACGAUGGAGAAGGUCAACCAAGAGUUGUUUUUUAUAUUCGCGUUACUAGAACGAGUUCACCCAACCCUAUUGCAACGCUUGGAAAAUGUGGAACUAUUCCCGCACUUUGCUCUUGCCGAAUACACAACGUGGUACGCACACAAGUACUCCGAGCAUAGGAAAUUACUGCACAGAUUGUUCGACUACUUUCUUGGAAGCCCCCCACUCAUGCCGUUAUAUCUAAGCACAGUAAUAGUCGCCCAUAGGUCUACCGAAAUUUUCAACACAACGCCUGAUAUGGGACAUACUCACAAAGUGCUUUGCACGCUGCCCGAGGAUUUGCCGUUUGAAAAUUUGCUGGUUGAUGCUAAGGACCUGUACCGAAAAUACCCGCCAGACUCGAUAGAAAAUGAUGUUCGAGACUAUGACAACAAAAGGCGAAGGAAGGAGCAAGAAUGGAAGCGAGCGGCUGAGAAAAAUCGUCAAGAGCGUGAACGUCGGAGUCGGCUUCAAGUUGCAGUUCCUCAUCCACGCUUGCCUUACAGAGUCGGAAGUUACAGAACUAUAGCCGUCGUUACUGUCUUAGCUUUAGGUAUUUACGCCUUCUUAAAAAGCUCUUCAGGCCUGAACUGAUAACAAGUCAAUAAAUUUAUAUACCAAAGUCAGAUGCACCUCGGUUCUUACGAUUAAUUGUAAGACCGACUGUUCGAUAAACUGGAUCUCAAAAUUUUGAAAGUGAUGUUAAAAAAUAGAACAAAAAGCGAUAAAACUCGCAGUGAACUCUCUACCGGUUUAAUAAUCGGUCGAAUCGUAAUUCAUUAAGCCAACGCGCUUAUUGCAAGCUACUAAAGAUGUGAAUUAUAAUUUAUAGAUGCCUCCUAAGUUUAUCGUUUCCGCGUAAAUGUAUUGAAGUUUUUCUGAGCAUUCCUGCACUGCCUUAUGCCGUGUUCUGUGAAAGAUAAUAUACGCAAUUUCCCGAGUCAUAGAUCCGCACAACAUGUGCAGUAAGAGACAAGCGUGUGACAAAAGCGACCAUGCCAUUUACUCUGUACAGUUAUAAUUAAAUUAGUUAACCUCUUAACGUGUGUCGCAGAAAAUUUAUACAGCGGGUUUCGCAUGUCGGCUAAGUAACCUUCUUCCCUCGACUUCUUAAUUGUCUGAAAUUUUCAUUUUGCUUGUUAAAUUAAAAAUUCCCCUUAAUAGAUGAAUAUGCGCGUUCUUUUAUUUGUCAAAGGGUACAGAGUCUAUAAAUUGAAUAACAUUGAGCAAUUUCGUUGGAAACACGUGGCUUACAAUUAGUUGGCGUAAAAUCUCUUACAAAUGUAUUUACGAGAAAGUACAUCAGAAGGGAACACAAAAUGGAACAGAAAAUUAUUUGUAAUAAAAUAAAAACCUUGUAUUUAGGUAUGAGAAUAUAAAUAUACCACAAAAA